ACAUUUAGCGUUAUCUAGAGACCAAUAGAAUUUGUCGGACAUCACUGUCAUAUCAAGUAUUAAAGACAAAAUGGUACUCGGCGCUUUCCUGACAGAGAUCAUAGUGGCGUUUCUACUGGCUGGGACUCUACUCUUUAAAUAUGGAAAUGUGUUUCGGCAUCACAUUGCAGUCACUAUUUCCGUGUUGAUAGCAUGGUACUUUUCCCUAUUAAUAAUUUUCAUGUUGCCAUUGGAUGUCUCUUCGACCGUAUUUAGACAGUGUGUAGAGCAGAAUAUACACAACAAUACUAAGGAUACCAAUAACACAACCUCUGCACCAUUUACUACAUGUAAAGAGCCUUGGCCAAAUGUUCCAGAGAAUGUAUUUCCAAAUCUAUGGAGGAUAGUUUAUUGGACAUCACAAUGCCUGACAUGGUUGAUACUCCCGUUGAUGCAGUCUUAUAUAAAAGCAGGAGAUUUUACCGUACGCGGGAAGUUAAAGUCCGCUUUAAUAGAUAACGCUAUAUACUAUGGUAGUUACUUGUUUAUAUGUGGUAUACUCUUGAUUUAUAUUGCGCUAAAGCCUGGCUUAGAUCUCGAUGGGCAAAAAUUGAAAGCCAUAGCAUCAUCUGCGUCCAAUACGUGGGGUUUAUUCUUAUUGGUUUUAUUGCUCGGUUACGCUCUUGUAGAGGUACCUCGAGGAUUAUGGAACGCCAGCAAGCCUGGGUAUACUUUAAAUUAUAGGUAUUUCAAGGUGGCAAAAUUAAGUUUAGACAAAUGUGAAGCGGAAGAAACGGUGGACGACAUACUCGAGUCACUACAAGUUGCAACGAUAUCCAUUGGGCCUGGUCAUCCGUUCCAUUGCAAUCUGGAAACGAUCUUUCAAAAAAUACCUGCAGAACUGAAAGAUAGAAUGAACAGAAGACAAUUGCCCGAUGAUACUCCAACGGAUACACCUACUGAAAAAGCUCUAAUUCGUCUACACAGACAGACUAUCAAAGCAUUGCAGACUUUACAGCGCAUAGAAACCCAGUGGGGAAUUUUAGUGGACAAAAUAUUUAAUUUGGAAGAUGUAGCGAAGAAUCAAGUGAGUCAUGAUAGGAGAUUUAAACAGGCUUUUCCUACGCAUCGUUCGCUUCCGUUUCGUAUUGUUUACAAUCCUGUUGUCGAAUGGUAUUGGAAAUGUAUUGUAAAGGAUUACGUUUUAAAAGGAGCUGCUAUUUGCGCGGGCUGUUUAUCAGUGGCUGUGGUAUGGUCAGAAGUAACAUUCUUCAACAAGUCUCCUGUGUUAUCUUUAUUCGCUCAAUUUCUGAAUUUAGCAAAAAGAAAUUAUGAUUAUUUUACGAUAGAGGUGUUAUCCACAUCGAUCAUCGCAUAUCUUUGCUAUUGCGCCUACUCGACCGUCUUGAAGAUACGAGUAUUAAAUUUAUAUUACUUGGCACCCCAUCAUCAAACGAAUGAGUACAGUCUUAUAUUUAGUGGUAUGAUGCUGUGUCGCUUAACUCCGCCAAUGUGUCUUAAUUUCUUGGGACUUAUUCAUAUGGAUUCGCACAUCAUCAAAACUCAUAUACUGGAAACGCACUAUACACAAGUGAUGGGUCAUAUGGAUGUCAUUUCCAUCAUAUCCGAUGGAUUUAACGUAUACUUUCCAAUGGCAAUUCUAGCAUUCUGCUUAGCUACAUACUUUAGCAUAGGCAGUAGAUUGCUUUCCAUGCUAGGUUUUCAGCAAUUCCUUGAUGAUGACGAAUUCACGACGGAUCUCGUAGAUGAAGGGAGAGAACUUAUAAAAAGAGAAAGACGUAAACGGCAAAGAGCGGAGGAUUCUAUGUAUAGACGACGCGAAAUGCAGGAAAGAUUUAAUAUUUCGGUGGGUACGCGUUACAGGACGUCUCGACAAAGUACAGACACUGUACGGCCGUUAAAACGAGACGAGUCAAUCGAAUCCGCGAGAGCGGGUCUGUUACACGAUUUCGAUCCUACGGAAUAUUACAUCGGUAUGACAUUUGGUGGAGAUAGUUAUGGUGCAAAUCGGUGCGACAUGGAAAAUCAAGGCGAUAUUGAUUCGUUCGAGCCGAGUAACACGAGGGCAUUCUCUACGAGUACAAGUCGCGUAGGUCCUCCACCCAGAGGAUUGUUCGAUGAUAUUUAAAAUAAAUAACCGUAUUUUUGUAAAUACAGUUUAGGUGCUAGUGUAGAAUCCAUCAAUUGGCUUUUAAGGAUUUACACAAUAUUUAUAUCGAGCAAUACGACGUUUUACGUCGAUAAGAAACAACAUAAUAAAUCUUAAUUAAACGUGAAAUGUAAGGCUUUACAUUUCACCUGUAGCAUUUUGAAUCUGAUUACUAUGUAGGAG